AUGGGUAAAAAAUCUAAAAGAUCUUCUCCAAAUGUUAUUUAUAAAGAUAGAUUUAUAUUUGGAGAAUUUCAUCAACUGUAUCCACAAUUACGAGCAGAUAAAAUAAUGUUUCGUGCAUAUACAAGAAUGAAUACAGACACAUUUGACUACAUUGCUCAGCAUAUAACACCAAUUUGUCAAAAAGAGUACUCAAAUUUUCAAGAUCCAAUUUCUGUUGAAGAACGACUGUUGAUAACUAUAAGAUAUCUCGCCACUGGAAUUGCGUUUAGACAAAUUGCGAUGAGCUUUAGAGUAUCAAAAACUAGUGUUAGUUAUAUUGUUAUUGAAGUUUGUCAGGCAAUUUGGACUACACUGCGUGACCCCAAAGAAAUGCCAGCCCCAACUAGUCAAGAGCAAUGGACAGAUAUAGCAAACAAGUUUUAUAAAAAAACAAAUUUUCCAAACUGCAUCGGGGCUGUAGACGGAAAGCAUAUUAGAUGUGUGAAUCCAAGAAAUACGGGGUCUAUAUUUUUUAAUUAUAAAAAAUAUUUUUCUAUUAUUUUAAUGGGUGUAGUAGAUGCAGAAUAUUGUUUCACGACCAUUGAUGUCGGUGCUUAUGGAAAAGAGGCUGAUUCUGUCGUUUUUAAAGAAUGUCCGUUUGGUAGAAAACUUUAUUCCGGAGAACUAAAUCUUCCUACACCAACUUGCCUACCAAAUACUACAGAUUCUCUGCAACCUUUUGUCUUAGUGGCUGACGAAGCGUUUGGGUUUCUACAAAAGUUUCAUAGUUUAGAUAACAUUUCUGUUAGUGUUAUUAUAUCAGGAUUAAUUUCUUUUUCUUUAAGUAGUGCUAGCAUGGAAGAAAAUCAAAAGAUAAAUAUAUAG